GAAGCAGUUUGAGGUGACUCUGCUCCUGCAGAGUGUGGUGAUGAUUCUCACCAUGCUGGUGAUGCUCAACCUCUGCUGCUCUGUACAGAACACCAACCGUAUCAGCACCAAACAGCACCACAUCACAGAUCUGGAACCCCGGUUCUUUUGGAGCUGGGAUGGCUUUGAGGACUACCUCAUCUUCCUGUUGGCCUUCACGCUGCCCUGUGCCUUCGCCACCCUUCUCCUCCUGGACUCCUCUCUGUUUGUGGAGUCCCUGGGCUUCCUGGCCGUGCUGACGGAGGCCAUGCUGGGGUUACCACAGCUGCUCCAGAACCAACGCAAACACUCCACCACCGGCAUGAGGUGAGGCUGAGGAAACAAACACAUUUUCUUCAGGAAAUUGACCCUCUCUACUCAGAUCUCUACCUGUACAUGACCAUCUGAUCAUUUAUCACUCCAGUGUUAAUCUGCAAAAUUGUAAUUAUUCGCCUAACUCCUCAUGCCUUUUGCACACAAUGUAUAUAGACUCUCUUUUAUUUCUACUGUAUUAUUGACUUGUUAAUUGUUUACUCCAUGUGUAACUCUGUGUUGUCUGUUCACACUGCUAUGCUUUAUCUUGGCCAGGUCGCAGUUGCAAAUUAGAACUUGUUCUCAACUAGCCUACCUGGUUAAAUAAAGGUGAAAUAAAAAAUAAAAAAAUAAAUAAAGGUUACCAGCUCUCACUCACCUGCUUCUCUCAGCAUCCCCUACCAGCCAUCACUCACCUGCUUCUCUCAGCAUCGCCUACCAGCUCUCACUCACCUGCUUCUCUCAGCAUCCCCUACCAGCCAUCACUCACCUGCUUCUCUCAGCAUCCCCUACCAGCCAUCACUCACCUGCUUCUCUCAGCAUCCCCUACCAGCCGUCACUCACCUGCUUCUCUCAGCAUCCCCUACCAGCCAUCACUCACCUGCUUCUCUCAGCAUCACCCUAUCAGCCGUCACUCACCUGCUUCUCUCAGCAUCCCCUACUAGCCAUCACUCACCUGCUUCUCUCAGCAUCCUCUACCAGCUCUCACUCACCUGCUUCUCUCAGCAUCACCUACCAGCCAUCACUCACCUGCUUCUCUCAGCAUCUCCUACCAGCCGUCACUCACCUGCUUCUCUCAGCAUCCCCUACCAGCUGUCACUCACCUGCUUCUCUCAGCAUCGCCUACCAGCUCUCACUCACCUGCUUCUCUCAGAAUCCCCUACCAGCCGUCACUCACCUGCUUCUCUCAGCAUCACCUACCAGCCAUUGCUCACCUGCUUCUCUCAGCAUCACCUACCAUCCAUCACUCACCUGCUUCCCUCAGCAUCCUCUACCAGCCCUCACUCACCUGCUUCUCUCAGCAUCCCCUACCAGCCAUCACACACCUGCUUCUCUCAGCAUCGCCUACCAGCCAUCACUCACCUGCUUCUCUCAGCAUCGCCUACCAGCCAUCACUCACCUGCUUCUCUCAGCAUUGC